AUGGCGGUGGCAGCAGACAAAAACACUGGUCAAAAAUACUGCAUCAUCGAUGCGCUCGAUGAAUGCGAUCGGAUGUCACAAGGUAUUCUGCUACGACAAAUUCAAGAAACAUUCAAUGCGUGUCAUAAGACAAAUAUCCAUAAACCGAUCACAAGCCGCCGCAUUGUGUCGAGGAUGCACCAACACAACUUUGGUAUGGCCGAAUACAAAGAGCUGUGCUGCAAUAUCCGUGCUUCCCUGACGCGAUACAGUCGUCGCUGCCCCACUAUCAUCGGCAUUGAACGCUCCCCGCAACUGAACUGGUAUCGGUACUUCUAUUCUCAAAUCAUCAUUAUAAAUACAGCAUCAAGUAAAGGCGAAUUUGUGGCUGCUGGCGUGACUUCAAUCGUGGAGCGCUUGCCAAAUGGUGAUAUUGUCAAAACACCAUGGGAUGAUCCUAGCAGAGGGGAUUGUGUGCAAGACCUAAUCACCGAGGCGAAAAUAUAUCGAAUAUUAGGCGAACACCCGCGCCUAGUGAAGCUUCGAAGUUGGGACUCUGUGCAGCAUGUAAUGGUAAUGGAGUACAUGCUACACGGCACGUUGCAACAGUACAUUGAAAACCAUUAUAAAGAUAUUUCACGGCCGCAGCAGCUCCAAUGGGCUCGACAGGCGGCUGAAGGCCUGCAACUCCUCCAUGCAUCCGACAUUCUUCACUGUGAUGUUGGUCCACAUAACUUUCUGUUGGACGCAUCACUCGAUUUAAAGAUCGCUGACUUCAGUGGCUCAUCGAUAAACGGUUCCUGUGCCUCCGUCUGCCCCAGAUCCCGAUACCGAGCUCCCGAUCCGGAGUGGCGCCCAGGCAAGCCGCCAAGCUUAAACGAAGACUUAUUUGCUCUUGGCUCUGUAUUUUACUUUAUUUUCACCGGCAACCCACCGUUCUUUGAGCUUGAGGAAGAUGAAGUUGAAAGAAGUUACGAAGCCGGGGUUUUUCCUGACUUGUCAGCGGUGCUGUGCUCUGAUAUUAUCACUAUGUGCUGGCAGCAGCGUGCAGGGAGCAUGUUUGAGCAAUGGCCAGUCGCUACAUGUCCAGUACACAUUCUCUAUUCCCUUAUAACAUGA